UUGAAAUAGAACAAUUCUUCUGCAUUCGCAUUUUUUAAAUUUCAGCUUUAAUUAUUUUCACACUUUUUCUGAAUAUUUUCGUAACAUCAUUUCCAAUUAAGCAUUUAACACGUUCUACUGCAUUGAACUUCUGGUCGACUCAAGUACCUUCAGUCUCGACAUAAUGAAAUUGCAUCGUUUUAAGCGAUGUCCUCUUUUCACUUUUAUUGCGAAAAUUUCAGUAGUCGCUUUUUUAUUAUUGUUAUUAAUAAAUCAUAAUAUUUUGGAUUCAAAACUUCAACUUACUCAUCAAAUUGAUCACCGCCUAUUCCGGAAUUCUUCCAAUAGUACUAAUAGAAAUAAAGCUGCUCUUGAAAAUGACGAAAAAUUUAUUGUCGAGACUGGGAUUGGUGGUGACAAUAAAAAAAUGCAGAUUCAAGAGUUCUUUCUCGACAAUGGAACUAGAAAAGACUACGUUUUUAUGUGGAGAGCUUUAUGCGACGAGCGGGAAAUAAAGGAGAAGAAAGCUGUUAUGGUAUUUGCCUUAUUCGGCAACGGUAGAAAUCUAGCGGACAGCAAGAAUCAAAUUGACGGCGAAGUUAGAUGUUUAAUUGACGGCCAGAGCUCUAGAGAAUUCACAGAAACAUUUAUUUUCCACGAAUUCAAGAGGUCGUUACUUGGAGUUUUUUGCCUCUUCGACAGAAAUAUUGAAUGUCCGAGAAAAGUUUCGAUUGUUUUUGGAAAUGCAGCUGUCUCAAACGAGCUAAAAGUGGAAAGACAAUAUCCAACAUCAGAGAAGAAAGACCAUAUUACGCUUUGUAGUCCUGCAAUAUCGACGAACAUGGAUUCGUUAAGACCUUCGCGACUCGCAGAGUAUAUCGAGUACCAGCGAUUGAUAGGUGUGGACAAAAUGAUGAUUGGGGAAAUUAGCCGAGAAAACUUCGCAUUGAAUGAGGAUACAAAAAGAGUGCUCGAUUUUUACAAAAAUAUUGGCUUCCUGGAAACGUUUUCUGUGCAACUGACCGAAAAGUAUACAGGAUACGACAGUGUUAGUCGCUUGCAGCGAUCCCAAUUUACCUAUUGCAUGGUCAAAAAUGCUCUUGUUAGUAAAUACAUUAUAAUACAGGAUCUGGAUGAAAUCGUAGGUGUGAAUUUUUCUCGAUACCAAAAUUUGCAACAAGCUUUGUGGAAAUUGGAGGAUAAGAAAUUUCAGUUUUCGAGUUUUUUUCUUUCUGACACUCCAGUUGCUCGUAAUUGUGAACAAAAUAACAAAUCGAACGAUUUGGCGCAAUUCAGUUUAUUCUAUCGUGAAAGUUUCCACCGAGGAAAAAGCAUUCUUUCCAGCCAGACAUGUCAAACUGUUUGGGCUCAUGGCUGCCUAAUGCCGAGAACUGAUUUGACAACUGGGAACCUUUCUUCGAAGCAUCUUGAAGCCCAAAGUUUAUUUUCAAAAUUAGUCGACCUACAUUAUGGAAACGGAAAAGAAGCCUUACGCAAUUUACAUUUUAGACACAGGCCUGAUUUUAGAGAAAAGAUCAAACUUGAAUGUUUGGAUGAUAACAUUGUCGAGAUAAACUGGCUUCAAAAUGUAUCAGAAACUUUGCAGAUGAACGUAUGGAAAGUUCUUAAACAUUUGAAUAUAAAUGCUCACGAAAAUUAUACGUAAAUUUACACCAAGUUUGAUAUUUAAUCUAUAUUCCGAACAAAUGUAGCCAUGUGCAGUUCAAAUAACUGAGAAUGAUCCGACCAUUUUUAAUACCCCGAUAAAAACAAAUCAGAAAGUUUUCCAGAGUUUUUGCCGUUUUAUAGGGUAGC